AUGAGCAUGCUGUCCAACCAUUGGAUUUUACCUGUAGCAUAUAUGUUGACCCCAUUCCACCCUCAAAUAAAGGUGCUAUGUUUUGAAUUAAAACACACAGAGACACUACAAAUUCUAGAUUUUGGCUUGUGUUGUGGAGCAUUAAAUAUCAGCACACUAAAGGGGUGUCCAAAUGGUGCUUAUUUCAGGAUGCAUCCAUACAGUACGUCUGAACCCCACAGUCCACCAUCCUCUCCUGAUGUGCUGAUAGGGACAAUCACAGGACCAGUGUUGGGUGGAAUGCAGGCUUUGCCCCCACAGUAA